AUGGAGCGGUAUCAGCCGCGGGUCGCACGCGUCUUGCGUCGCCACUUGGUGCUCGCCUCGUUUCUGCUCACCACGUCCAUUAUUGCCAUUAUUGUCUAUCAAACGACUGGUGGCGGGAAACCGAAAGCGAGCGUCUAUGACGCGCCUGUCCUCAAUGCUGUGGACCUCGAAGGUCCCGACCGGCCGCGCAGUCUCUGGUCCCCUACUGAAUUCGAGUGUUUAGGGUGGCGGGCGACCCACGAGUGCGACCCGUACGGCCCACGGGACGAAGCCCGGGACCGGAAAUGUGACGAGCCCAUGCCCCGCACCAGCGGUUACUGUGAGGUCCGGAACCGCACGAGCGGCGCAAUUCUCCGCGUUAUGUUGGCCACGUGCAAGAGCUGGCAGUGGUACCUUGUACCAUCGCUGUCCUGUACCGACGCGCAGCAGUUUACCGAUUUUAGUAUACUCGCUGCAGAGUAUACGCACCCGCCCCCGAUUGGACAAAAUGGGCAGCUGCUGGAAAAAGAUGUUAAAAAUGAUACGGAUGUUGAAGUUGAUAAGCGAGGGGUGGUCAUGAUUGCGUAUCCUCAAGCUAUGGCGGGAUUGUACGCGAUUGUCCGGACUUUGCGGUUAUUAGGAUGUGCCUUGGCUGUGGAAGUGUGGAUUGACACGAGAGAAGUGCGGGCUACUCAUUCUGUGCUUGAGGAGCUCCAGGAGCACUAUAACGUGCUCGUGCGAGUCAUUCAAGACCCGAAUGCAACUAAAUAUCAUGCUAAGCCCUAUGCAAUCUACCACUCGAGAUUUGAGAGCGUGCUCUGGUUGGACUCGGACAAUAUACCCGUACGUGACCCGACGUACUUGUUCGACACGCCCGAGUUUGUCAAGCACGGCGCGAUCUUCUGGCCGGAUUUCUGGCGACCAGCGAUUGACACGCCUUUUAAUGUCCACGAGCAGAGUGUUUUGUGGACGCUGCUGGACAUGCCGUUUACUGACAUGUUUGAGCAAGAGAGCGGGCAAUUGUUGGUGAACCGCUCGCGCUCGCAAGCUGCACUUUCGAAGCUGAUGUUUUACUCAUCCCAUAUGCCGCGGCUACUGACAGAUUGGCGACUUGUCUGGGGCGACAAAGACUUGUUUCGUCUGGCGUGGCUGAACACGUCUACAUCUUUUUAUAUGGUGCAGCAUCUCGUAGCGCUCGGGGGACUUUACGAUGCCGACGAAGACUUUUUCUGUGGAGUCUCCAUGAUUCAGCGAGAUCCGGUGGGUAACAUCGUGUUCUUGCAUCGCAACCAGGCAAAACUAAGUGGACGUCGUGAUCAGAAGCCGCUGAUCUUGUAUUUGCAGAAGUUCACGGGUGGUGAUGGUACAGCAGCUUCAUUUAAAUGGGACCUGGAUAAGUAUCGUGUGCAAUGCAAGAUGCAUCGACUCGGACAGUACGUCUGCUUUAUGUUGAAUCCACACACACCGGACGGCAGUGUCACUCCGUCACUGGUUCUUAGCCUCGAGAAGACAAAGUACGCGCAAAUCGAGCAGUAUGCUAUUGGCUUUUCGAUCGAAGGCCGUGGGCUUUUCAAUAAAGAAGAAGAGGCCGAGGUGGCAAAAACGGAGGCUGACGUGCAAGUGACGCGGGAUAAGGAGGCUGCUUCAGCUUUUAGAGCGCGCCAACAGUCAAAGUAUCAUCGGCGUGCAAUGUAUGGGGUUGUUGCUUUCGCCACCUUGGGGCUGUGGCUGCGAUGGCAAUGGAUACAACGUUGCAAGAAGAGCUGUCCUAGGCUUGAAACGAAGGAUCCUUCUGUGUCAUCAUCGGUCGAGCCGUCGUUCUCCCACGUUGCUUUGGCAGUCGUCCCUGCUUCUACUGAAGCUUUUGGGUCUUCCUCCGCCCUGUUUUCUGGUACGACACAUAACCCUCGACGACGCAAUUCGUCUUUUCAACUUGAUGACGAAUGA